AUUCAAGUGUCAACCAACACGAGCAUGCUGCAUCGAGCGCUGUCUGCCGCGCCGCGCACUCGGCAGCUGCUUCAUGCGUCCUUGUCGACCGCUAGUUCCCGCUAUCCCAGUCUCAUCACGGGAGAUGCGUACAACAACGUGAGCGAAUCGAUUGCGUCUAAGGUGGGUUUGAAUCUCCAUCGGCAGCCCAACCACCCGUUGAACAUCAUCAAGACCAAGAUCGCGUCAUACUUUGACGACCUACACGCCAAGGGGAACCACCCCCGGAUGCAAUUGUUUGACAACCUGUCGCCCGUGGUAUCUGUCGAGGACUGCUUUGACCACAUGCUCAUUCCCAAGGAUCACGUGAGUCGCCGACCCACGGACACGUACUACCUGAACCCGUCGACGCUGCUGCGGACACACACGAGCUGCCACGAAGUGCCCCUCAUGAAGAAAGGCAUCCGGAACUUCCUCGUCGCCGGCGACGUCUACCGCCGCGACGAGAUCGAUGCGAGCCAUUACCCCGUGUUCCAUCAAAUGGAAGGUCUCCGCUUCUUCCCCGAGCUAAGCCAAGCCGUGCCGUACGACGACCGCGUCGCCAUCGUACAAGAGCAUCUCAAGUCGACGCUGGAAGGGAUGGUCGAGUCCAUCUUUGGCAAAGUCGAGAUGCGCUGGGUCGACGCGUACUUUCCAUUCACGCACCCAUCGCUCGAGCUCGAGAUUUUCUUUGAAGGCCAAUGGCUGGAAGUGCUCGGGUGUGGCGUCCUGCAGAGGCAAAUUGCAGAGCAUGGCGGUGUCGUGGACGAAGUAGGGUGGGCGUUCGGGCUCGGGCUGGAACGACUGGCUAUGGUGCUGUUUGACAUCCCCGACAUUCGGUUGUUCUGGUCCACGGACGCGCGGUUCUUGUCCCAGUUCAAAGACGGCGUGAUCACCCAGUUCAAGCCGUACAGCAAGUACCCCCCUUGUUACAAGGACGUGAGCUUCUGGCUCGCGCCAGACUUUCACGAGAACAACUUGUUUGAAGUCGUGCGCAACGUUGCUGGCGAUAUGGUCGAGCAGGUGUCGCUUGUGGACGAGUUUACGCACCCCAAGACCCAUCGAUCGAGCAAAUGCUUUCGCAUCACGUACCGUCACUUGGAUCGGAACUUGACAAACGAAGAAGUGGACGACAUUCAGGUCGUGGUGCGCGAUGCCUUGGUCAAGGACUUGGGCGUGGAAUUGCGAUAAACCAAGUAAAGGGUUCCUGGCAAGUUGCCAUGUAAACACAACAUGGACUAAACGUUCCUGGCAAGUUGCCAUGUAAACACAACAUGGAGUAAACGUUCCUGGCAAGUUGCCAUGUAAACACAACAUGGAGUAAACGUUCCUGGCAAGUAUGCCAUGUAAACACAACAUG